AUGGGAAGCCUAACUAGCUUACGACGUCUUGACAUUCGUGAAACUAGUCUAGAAAAGAUGCCGCAGCGAUUGGGAAGGUUAUCGUACCUCCAAAUGUUAUCCAAUUUUGUUGCGGAGACAGAGUGGAGCUAUAACAGCAAUGAGUCACGAUAUGAAACAGUUGAAACAGAUGUGUUUGAUGUGUUAGAAGCUCGUGAAAGCUUGCAAAAGCUCACAAUAAAUUAUUAUGGUGGUAAAGAAUUUCCACUUACUUUCUCUCAGAGAUCUCAGCAUUGCAGGAAUGGAUGGUAUAAAGCAUGUGGGGCUGAGUUUUUAGGGGAUGCUAAUCCUUCAAUCAAGCCUUUUCCACUGUUGGAGAUUCUGAAGUUCGAGAACAUGAAAGAAUGGGAGGAAUGGUCCUUCGAGAAUAGAGUAGAAGCUUUUCCUUGCCUUCGCCAACCGUCUAUUCUCAGGUGUCCUAUAUUGAAGAAAUUCUCAUACAGAUUUCCUUCCUUGGAAAAACUGAAAGUUCGAAAGUGUGAGGCUCUUGAAUCUUUUACAGGCCUUUCUCAACACGAGAAUUUAGAAUCUGACGAAUUCCCUUGCCUCAGGUCGCUUACUCUUGUGUGUUGUACUAAGCUAAUUGAACUGCCCAAGUUCCUUCUUUCACUGGGAGGAUUAAAGAUAGAUGGUUGUUUGGAAUUGGGAGCAUUUCCAAGGCUUGUAAACCUUCAGAAAUUAGAAUUCUUGGAUUCAAAUGCCAAGCUUGUCGGGAGUAUAGUUGACUUCAGUUCGCUGACCUUUCGGCAUAAAAGACUAAUUUCAUUUGUCAAAUGCCUACAUGAAUGUAUAAUUAAACAAUUUGUAAAACUUGUAGAUUCGAAGAUUGCUGGUUGUGGUGAUCUUGAAGGUUUGUCAAAUGAACUGGUGGGAUUAAAACCCCUUGCUUCACUUCAACAUUUGACAAUCUGCCACUGCCCUAAACUUGUUGCUUUACUGGAUGAAGAAAUAAAGUUGCUGCCAGAGCUACAACUUUUAGAUUUGAGUUAUUUUGAUAACUUGAAAAAACUGCCUUGUGAGCUUCAAAAGUUUAAUUCUUUCCGGGAUUUGAGAGUUGACUGGUGUCCAAAGCUUGAGUCGUUUCCAGAACAGGGGUUGCCAGGUAUGCUUCAACUACUUGUCAUCCGAGAUUGUGGAGCUUUGAAGACUCUUCCUAACAUGAUGCUGCAGAACAAUAAAGCCCUUGAGUACUUGGAGAUUCACAAGUGUUCUUCUCUCACAUCACUUCUUGAGCAAGGCGAUUUACCUACCACGCUGAAGCAUGUCAAAAUUUACUACUGCAAGAAUCUAGCAUCCCUGCCUGAUGGAAUAAUGUGUAAAGACAAAUUGACUCUUGAGUACCUAGAGAUUGACAACUGUUUCCCUUUGAGCUCCUUUCAAGAAUAA